UUAACGAAAGUCAUGGUAAUUAAUAUAUUAAGUAACUUUAAAUGUUGCUAGUGAUUAAAUUAAAUUACGAUCGAUUACUUUCAGAUGAAGUUUCCACUAGUAGCACUCUCUGCGGCGAUUGCCUUCGCAACCGUCAAUUGUCAUUACCUUCCCGCUUUCGGAGAAGGUCCUCUCUAUGAAGACAUCCAGUAUUUUAUAGAUAUGAUCCCAAUGGAAAAAGUAGUUGAUAUUAUAUUGCAAUACACUAUCAAAGACGCAGAAUUUCAACAACUCCUGAAAUACAUGAAAUCGGAUGACUUCAAACAACUGGUGCAGGAGUUGGAAGCCAUUCCCGAGUUCCACACGUUCAUUGCCUAUUUGCAGAACAAUGGAGUCUACAUAAACGAUGCGAUGAACAAGCUGAACAAGGUAAUCGGUUUACCACCCUUCCAGCCUUUGCUAAUCGAGAAGGCUCAAAUCUCUGGUGGAUUGACUGGUCUCUUCAAUGAUGUGAAAGCGUUGGUGUCCUACGAUAGCAUCAUCCAUGGCUACGUUUACAAAAUGAGAACAUCCGAAGCUUUCCGUGGCUUUGUUGCUGAAUUGAAAUCCGGGGGUAACCAGGACUUCGUUGACACCCUGUACAAGAAUCAACGUUUCCUGUCCUUCCGUCAUAUGUUGGUCACAAAGGGAUUGGAUCUUACUUUAGUAGAGGACGUCAUUUACAUCGUCCUUGGUAUCGAGUUUCCGGCGUUUAACGGCUUCGUGAACAACUUCGCCUUAUACGAGAACACACUGUCUAAGGACAUCCAUGACUUCAUCGACCUAAUUGACAUGAACAAGAUUAUCAACAUCGUCUCGUCUUAUUUGGAUGAUGAUCAGGUAAUAGAGGCUGUGAACUACAUGCGCAGCGAAGAAUUCCACGUGCUGGUACGCAAAGUGGAAGCACUGAAAGCUUACCAAGAUUUGGUCGAAUACCUGCAUGAUGCUGGUCUGGACAUAUACGGCUUGCUCGAGAAGGUGCAUGUAUUAUUUGGUAUGGAGGACUACGUGCCACCAAAAGGUAAAUCGCAAUACAAUGUCUACGCUAACCGCGGUGGUGUGAAGGCUAUGGUCGAUGCAGUGAUCGCUACACUCCCCAUGGACAAAUUCAGAUCUCUAUACAAAGAGAAGAUGCAGAACUCGCCAGACUUUAAGAACUUCAUCGAGAAACUGGACUCCGAUGAAAUCCAAGUGAUCGUUAACACCAUUUAUAAAGAACCCAUUGUCCUGGAAAUAAGACAGAAGGCUCUGGAGAAUGGCUUGGAUCUGAGCGUGCCCAGAAGAAUCUUCGAGGAAAUCGGCAUUAAGCUCCCUACACCAUCUAGAUUCUUUUAUACCAUGUAAAUCACCUCUAAAUAUCGAUUAAAUCGAAUUUUGUAACGACCCCCUCUUUAAACUAG